ACUACACAUUCCCAAAUCUAUCCAAUGUGGGACUAAUUUGGCCACAUCAAAAAAAACUUAUUCGAUGUGGGACUAAAUUUGCCACACCAUAUUCAACAGCAGCAACAUUCCAAGUCCAAGGGAAAAGUGCAAGAAAGCAAAAGCAUGAUUGACUUGAUGGAGUGCAAGACUGAGAAGAUUUGCACUGGCAGGGAUAGUGCAAAAUCCAUAAGAGAUAAGCGAAAGAGUGAAGAUGAGAAAGCUAUUCCGGGGUGGCUCUCAAACGAAGUCACAAGAUUGAGUUCGUUAAGGGAUGUUGAUCAAGCAUCAGAAACCAUGUCAAUGAUCAAGAAAGCCCGCGUAUCAGUUCGAGCAACAACAGAUUAUCCUAUGAUUUCAGAUGGUUGUCAAUGGAGAAAGUAUGGUCAGAAGAUAGCAAAAGGGAAUCCGUGUCCGCGAGCUUAUUAUCGUUGCUCAAUGGGGACAGGUUGUCCAGUAAGGAAACAAGUACAAAGAUGUGCUGAAGAUCAAAGUGUGUUGAUCACAACAUAUGAAGGGCAACAUAAUCAUGUACUCCCUCUCAGUGCCAAGGCAAUGGCAUCCACCACAUCUUCAGCUGCAUCAAUGCUUCUUUCAGGAUCGAUGCCAAGCUCAGAUGGCCUUAUACACCCAAACAUAUUACAAAGUGCAACACUUCCAUUUUCACAAAACCUAGCCACCCUCUCAACUUCAGCACCAUUUCCAACUAUUACUUUGGAUCUCACUCAAAGUGCUACCACUAAUUCCUCACAAGGGGCACCACAGAAGUUUCUUGACCAAACUAAGCUUUUCAACUUACAUGGGUAUCAAGGAACAAAAACGGCUUCAUUUAUGGACAUGGUAAAUGCAGCAACAUCUGCUAUCACUUCUGACCCGAAAUUUAGUGUAGCUCUUAUGGCUGCCAUAACAUCUAUUAUUGGAAGUUCACACUCAAACAAUAUUAACGGUGCAAGUGGAGAUCCAACGUUUCAAUAACACACAAGACUAUAUGUGCAGAAGGGUCUAGACUCAAGGAUAAAUGAAGAAAGAAAUUUUAGGGAAGGCAAUUCUAUUAUGGCAUCGAAGUGAUAAGGUGGUUUGGUGGCGAAGGGGGUGGUCCUGGGGCUGGAGGAAUAAGGAUGGUCGGAGGUUUCGAACCCCCCUGCAACCCAACUAACAUAACUUACUAAUUACUAACAUUUGCCGAUCCAAAAAAAAAAAAAAAAAUUCUAUUAUG